GAAGGAAAAAGAACGUGCGACGGAGUUUCCCUCCGACGUUUAUUUGCGGCGCCGCCGGUGGCGUAAUUCGAGCUCCGGAAUCUUGCCGCCUUUUGAAACUUCCCGCCGGGGAGACCUCCGAAGAGCCGCAGCCUGACAGGGCGGCUGCAGUCCAGAGAGCUCAGGCCAUAACGACCCCACAUCCCACGCUUGGGAGAGGGGGGGUCUCCUUUUCCCCCUCGCCGCCGCCAUGUCGGCGGGCUUCUCCUUCGGAGCCGGGACUCUGCCUUCGGCUACCGCAGCUGCUGCUGGUACUGGAGGCGGCGGCGGAGGGGGCUUCUCGUUUGGAGGCACCCCGAGCUCAACUGGAGGGCUUAAUUUUGGGACAUUGGGCUCGACGGCUACAGCAACUACAACCGCUUCAUCGGUAGGCUUUGGAACUGGACUUUUUAGCUCAAAACCUGCCACUGGUUUUACAUUGGGAGGGGCUAAUACAGGAACAGCAACCACCAUGGCUACAGGAUUGACACUUGGCACACCUGCUUCUACUUCUGCAAGUACCCCAGGACUUAGUCUAGGUUUCAGCAAACCUGCAGGAUCAGCCACACCAUUUGCUUUGCCUAUCUCUUCUGCCACCUCUGGCCUCUCACUUUCCUCUGCUCUUGCAUCUGCGCCAGCAACAGGGUCCACUGGCUUUACGCUGAACUUGGGAGGCACAGCUCCAACCACAACAGUAUCCACAGGACUUUCUCUUGGGGGAGCCUUAGCUGGUUUAGGAGGGACACUCUUCCCAAAUGCAAGCUCAGCUGCUACAGGGCUCGGACAGAAUGCUUUCGGUUUGACUCUAGGGACGGCUGCAGCACCUGCUACUACUGUUAAUGAAGGUCUUGGUGGCAUAGACUUCAGUAGUUCUUCAGAUAAAAAGAGUGACAAAACAGGAACGAGACCAGAGGAUAGUAAAGCCCUGAAAGAUGAAAAUCUACCUCCUGUAAUCUGCCAAGAUGUAGAAAAUCUUCAGAAGUUUGUAAAAGAGCAGAAGCAGGUCCAGGAAGAAAUUAGUCGCAUGUCCUCCAAAGCAAUGCUCAAAGUGCAGGAAGACAUUAAAGCUUUGAAACAACUUUUGUCAGUCGCCGCCAGUGGAUUACAGAGAAACACUCUUAAUAUUGAUAAGCUGAAAGUGGAAACUGCUCAGGAGCUUAAAAAUGCUGAAAUAGCAUUAAGAACACAGAAAACGCCGCCUGGCCUUCAACAUGAAAAUUCAGCACCAGCAGACUACUUCAGGAUCUUGGUUGAACAGUUUGAAGUACAACUGCAGCAGUACAGACAACAAAUUGAAGAACUGGAAAACCAUCUUGCCACCCAAGCAAACAAUUCCCAUAUAACCCCACAAGAUUUAUCCAUGGCUAUGCAGAAAAUCUAUCAGACAUUUGUAGCUUUAGCUGCACAACUUCAAUCCGUACAUGAAAAUGUGAAGAUGCUCAAAGACCAGUAUCUUGGUUACAGAAAAACCUUUUUGGGGGAUGCUGUGGAUGUGUUUGAGGCCAGGCGAACGGAAGCAAAGAAGUGGCAGACGGCCCCGCGUGUUACUACUGGACCGACCCCUUUCAGCAGCAUACCAAAUGCCGCAGCUGUUGCCAUGGCUGCAACACUUACCCAGCAGCAACAGCCUGCUACAGGGCCACAGCCGUCUCUGGGAGUUAGUUUUGGAACGCCAUUCGGUUCAGGUAUUGGCACUGGCUUGCAAUCAAGUGGCUUAGGGUCUUCAAGCCUUGGAGGGUUUGGAAGUAGCUCUGCUUUUGGAAGCACUGGCACGGGUGCACCAUCUUUUGGAUUUGGAGCUACAAAUAAGCCUUCAGGAAGCCUUAGUGCAGGCUUUGGCAGUUCGAGCACAUCUGGGUUUAACUUCAGCAAUCCUGGCAUCACGGCAUCUGCUGGCCUGACUUUUGGGGUGUCCAACCCAGCCUCUGCAAGUUUUGGCACAGGAGGACAGCUUCUUCAGCUGAAGAAACCCCCAGCUGGGAACAAGAGGGGGAAAAGAUAAAUGUGAAAAGGGGGGGGGAGGGCUAGGGUCAGAGAAAAGGGACAACUCAUUGGCAUAAGUCAUCUUGGGGGGAAAUCUAUUUUUUUAAGCUGAUAUAUAGUAGGUGCUCUGUGUCCUUGGAGAUUUAUAACAUUUUGCUACUUCUUCCCAUUCUGGAUUAUAAAACGUAAUUGUAACAAACAGCUAUUUUUUGGGUGACUCAGAACUCGUGUAAGAAUCCUUUUUUGUGGGGGGGGGAUCAUAGUUUUUAGAUAUGCACUUCAUUAUUAAGAAACUGUGUAAAACCAUCUAUUUAACCUAAGAUUAGUAACAGGAUAUUUUUGUUAAUAUGCUUUAAACCAUAUAGAGAGAUGCAUAUUUGGUUUCCUUGUACAGGUAAAGUAUAUUCUAGUACAAAUGCUUGAGUCCAUGUCUUCUGUUUCUUGAUAUGGCCUUUUAAAGAACAUCAGGGUGGUUUUGUGAAUAUGUGUGUAAAUAUAUACAGUAUAAACGCACACUCGGAUAUGUAUAUGGGUACAUACCAUGCAUUUCAGACCUUGUCUUGUAAGACAGAACGUUUUCAAGUUUGUGUUUUGGGUUCUUUCUCCCCUCCCAUGUUGUGGCAGCAUAUUGGAAAACCAGCUGUAACAUUUACUAAUGCAUGUGAGACACUGUGGGCUGUUUUAUCUGUUUUCCAUUUCUGUUUUGUUUUCCAUUCAGUGCUUUAAAAUGAACUGGAUGUUCAAUGUAAACGUUCUCAGACCGGUUUGGUUCUCAGCUGUGACGAUGUGUCUUUGCUGUACAGUUGUUCAACUGCAGCCAUGCGAACUAGAGGGCUUCAGGUAGAUUUUUGGAGAGCUGAUGACUGAUUAGUGCAUUCUGAAACAGCCUUAGUUUUCACAAACAGCUCACACAAGCAGUGUGGUCUCGCAAGAAGAAUACAUGGGAGUGAUACUGCAGGUGCUUCCCAAAGGAUGCUUUGAGGAUGCAGAAAUGUCUGCCCAUAAAAAUCAGUGUGCUGCUCUCCCAUGUUGGGCUGUUCACAUGAGCAGGCCGUGUGCACGAGUGGUUUGCAUAAGACGGGGCUGUUUUGGAACAGAUGGGUCCACUUAAACUUAGGGCUCACUUCCAUCCUAAAGCAGACAGACUCUGCUUCUCUCGUCAUUCUGCAUGAAUUGAUGCUUAGGCAUGGUAAGAGGCUAUGAAGGGUCGAUCACAGCAGGACACUUGAGAGUAAACUACAAUAUUUGACACAAUUACAAUAGUAAUAGCCUUGCAUUAGUUGAGCUGCAUCUCCAGCUCAGUGAAUGUUUUAAAACAGAAACAACAGGAACAUGUAUUGCCUUAAAUGAGGGACUACAGUCAUAGUCCUUGAACUGUGUUGCCAGCACAGACCCCAUUCACUUCACUGGGGCUUGUGCUAGGCCAUCUCUUUUGAGGGCCGGGCUGUAAAUUAGCCCAUCAGAUCAUUGCUCUGUGUGUGUGUGUUUGUGCGCGCGUGUUUGUGUACAGAAUUUUUGUGAGGUCUAGCCUUUUUACACAAAGAAUAUUUUGUAUAUAACUCCAAGCAGAUAUUCGUAGUUCUCAUCUAGGCACCUUUAAAAACAAAAAGAUAAGUCGUGCACGUAUGUAUUCUCUGGUUUUGAAGUUGGUUGCUUUCAGGCAUUACUAUUUUUGUAAGUUCUGCCAGCGUUUUUUGUCUUGGUGCAACAGCAAGUCAUCUGGCAAAUGUGUGAGUCCUGAGUGUGAUGCAUUCAGAAGUAAGGGGAACAGCUUACUUAACACAAGUCUUUUCACCUUUAUAUAUGAAGUAUGGGCCAUUUUUCUUUUGGAAGGAGGAGGAAAUUAAACUUAACAGAAUUAAGGAAAACUUAAAAACAAAUUUCAGGUCACAGUUCUGUUUUGAAUUUGUAUUUGGGCUCCAGCAAAAAAGAUGUGCAAACUUGGAUGUAUGUUAACUGCUUUUUACAAUAUUAAAAUGUUAAAAUUUCUUUGUAUAUAAUUUGUGAACCUAUUUUUUUAACUGUGUUGUCUUUGUCCAUAUGUGCAUCUUUUCUGUUCUACAAAUAAUAAAACGGAUUGAAGUGUGA